AGAGAGGGAGAGACACUUGUGGACAGCUUGUCCACCUUGUUAUUCCCUUCCCAGCACCAGAAUGCAUUUCUGCCGAUCUGCUGACCUGUGGCUUUGUCUCUGAAUGCACGUCACAAUCUGACCUGCUCCUCAUCUAGCAACUCUUCCACAGAGGACAGAGCAACCAGCCUUCAUUCUGGAGGGAAAGGUCCCAGUCGAGCCAAGCAAGGGGGAUGGAGGCGGCAGUCCGGCCUCUCUGCCUCUGACCCAGGCAGAGACCUCUGGACCCUGGCACAGUGAGAGUCUGCUGGCAGAGUCCUGGUCCACGAUGGGCGACAUGGACCCUGAGGACAGCAAGAGCCUCGACAGCAAUGACGGGCCCGUUUUAGCCGGAGACGAGAACCACUCCUCCAACUCCGACAUGGUGCACCUGGAGCGGGAGGAGGCGGAGAUGCUGGAGGAGACCGAGGGGAGGAGAUGGAGGGACGAGGACGAGGAGCUGCAGGCAAGCAUUCUGAGCAUGCUCAGUGUGGAGAGGGAGCUGGCGGAGCCGGACCUCCAAACUCCGGAGGCGAAGGAGCUGCUGGUGUCUGCGGAGGAGCCUCAUGCAGAGUUCAGGCACGUUGUUCCCCCGAUGGCGCUGCCUCUGCUGCCCAUUCUCAAACUGGAUCCCCCCUCCACGACAACCACACCGGUCCCUUCAACCACAGCCUCCGAAGUGGAGGAGCAAUAUUCCACGCUGGGCCUCCACCCUCCAUCCAUCCUGUCGCCGAAGGCUCCAGAGCUUCAAACAGAAGAGAGUCCAGAAGCUAAAUUCUCACAGAUUCCCCUUCAGGAUGAUGGAGAACAUUCAGUUAAAGCAGCCGCUGCACCUAAGACCAAAUCUCUGAGCUCCUCCGAGCUUCUGUUUGGAGGCGCUGCGCUAGUGGCCGUCGUAGGAGUGGUGGCUUAUGGAGCUGUAGUCUACUGCAAAAAGUAGAAAAACGCAUUUUGACCUGUGUCUUUUCAGUUCUCAGAUGUAUUCCUGCUGAAUUAUUUACAUUUCCUUUCUGAAUUCUGCAGUUAAAUUAGAUUUUGUAGACGAAUGUAACGCUACCUCGGCUCACAGAAGCCUUUUUUCUCUUUAAUCUAUGAAAAAACUGACAAAGGAAACUGAAAUCAGGUUGAUCAUGUUUGGAAAAGCAUCCAUCAGCACCAGAGAGCAGCAUAUAGAUAAAAAUGAAGACAACCAGCACAUUUCUCUAAAUGUCAUACAUCUUGCAACAUCUCUGUUCAUGGUUUUUUUCUGUUUCUAGAGCAUGUGUCAAACUCGGGGGCCAAAUCUGGCUUUUUAUGCACCAUCAAGUUACAUCAAUCUGUCCCUCUAGUUUUUCAUGAUUCCACAGCUGUGGAAAUUUACGCUAAAUAA